AGGCACCACUGUUUCCUUCUGCGCUCACCCCCUCGGCCAGCGAACGGGCGAUUUUAGGCAGCAGGCGCCACCGCUGUGCUUCCCUGAGGUCCUUCGAUGCGCUUCUGGCCCUCCAGUAGCAGCAGCGCAGGUCAGACAGCAGCCAAGUGCGAGCAAUGGUUGUCAGGAGACACGGAUCCCACCACAAUGAUCGACCGCACCCCCUCGUCCUCGCAGCUCGAGCCGUCCAAGACGCGGCCACGGAAGUCGUCUCUGGCGGCAAUGCUACCGCUCCCAGUACUAUCGGCGCGUCAGGUCGACGACGAUGAGAGGCGGGAGGCACUCAGCGCGACCCUCCUGCGGAAGUCCAAGUCGGCUCUUCGCAACAUCCGUUCCCUCAUCCUUACGGACAGUCCCCCCUCGAGCCAGAUCAUCGACCCGCCCUUCCCUCUCGAAGACAAGAUACACUCGGCCGCUACGAAACCGCGGAAUGAACCUCGCCCCCAGACUUCGGUCGAUUCCAGUGUUGAGGUGGACGAGGUGAUCGUCGACAAGCUGGAUGAGGCAGAGACCUCAACGGACUCGAACGAGGACAGUUGGAGUCCGCCGGGUACGUCCAGCAUGCCAUUCGAGGAAAGCGAUCAGCGGGACGGCCUCGCCAACGACAUGGCUCUCAACCCGCCUACCUUCAAGCAGCGUGCCCUUCGCGCUGUUGGCCGCUUCUUCACCAGGAGGUUUGGCGAUGAGGAGACGGAGAGCAACUACAUCGACGACCAAUGGUACGCGACCCGUAACCUGCGCUUCCUUGCCGCUGUGUGGUUCAUAGUCGUCUGGGCUCUCGGAAUCGGAUUUGCUCAUCCUCUACACGUACUUAUGGACAAGAUAUGGUACUACGGGGUCGGCUUAAUAUGCGCUUUCGCCCCCACGUUCCUCAUCGUCGCUCGGUGGCACAAGAAGCACCCUAUCCUAUACCAAAUUGUCGUUUGCGUAUCGACGUGGUCAUGGUCUUUCUAUGUGAUCCUUGCAAUGUACUUCUGUGGGUUCUACGACACUGGAAGGCACCAUACAUACUUUUCGUGCGAUGGGAAGGACUAUAUCGCAGCCUUCUACUACUUUACGGCUCUGCAAACGACUGCACUGUUCGGUCUGAACCUGCAUCGGUUGCCUGCGCUUUUGGGCAUGGUCAGCUUCUUCGUCGUUUCAAUGGCUCUCAUCGUUCCGGACCACCACACGUGGACCAGAAGCAUGAUUAACUUCUUAGUGUUCCACAUCUUCUUGUUGAUCCUGCAUUAUCACCGAGAAGACUCCGAGCGCCGUCUCUUCAAGAUGAGAACGAGGUUACGGAAGCAGUACCGGGACGUAGUCGCCGCACAGUAUCAGCGGACGAAGGCGUACGAAUCGAAGGCUCGGCUGACCAGCUACGUCUUCCAUGAGGUCAGAGUACCCUUGAACGUUGCUUUCCUCGCUGUCCAGAACAUCGAGGCCACUGGCGUCAUCGAUGACCAGAGUCGUGAAGACUUCGAGGCGCUGAAGGGGGGCCUCAGCAACAUGUCUCAGGUAUUGAACGACGUGCUCGAUUUUAAUCGACUGGACAGUGGGCGGUUCGAGUUCGCCAAUGCACCUUUCGCAUUCCACCAGGCCGUACGAUCGCUCAUUGUCCCCUUGGAGAUUGCGACGAACGCGCGCAAUCUCAAGUUCAAGGUUAAUGUGGACCCUAACAUCGACAAGGUCGCCCGACAUGCCGCAUACCGCGCUCUAGGCAAAACACCCGAGGAAUUGGACGAACGUGAACGGAACGACCAGUAUGAUGGCUUCGUCGUCGGUGAUCAAGCUCGCCUUCGCCAGGUCAUCACCAACCUCACCAGCAACGCCUGCAAGUUCACGCCAGAAGGCGGAAGCCUGACGCUCACGACUAGGCUGCUGAAGCCGCAGCGAGACCCGCUGUCAACUAUGCGGACGGAUAGCACGGUCGUGGAGGAUGUCAACGGUCAAGCUCCGCUCUCCACGGUUCAUCUGGAGGAGCACAAUCGCGGGAUGGGUAGCGUCUCGCUGUCAGAUGCGGAUCGGAUCCUGGUACGCGUCGAGAUCUCGGAUACAGGUGUAGGCAUCAAGCGCGAGGACAUCAUGCAGGGCAAGUUGUUUUCUCCCUUCAAUCAAACCUCUCUCGGCAUCCAGCAAGGGGGCAAGGGCAGUGGGCUCGGUCUCGCACUCGUGCGCUCCAUCGUCAAGCAAUGGGGCGGCCGCCUUGGUGUGAAGUCUAAGGUCGGGGAGGGCUCGACAUUUUGGUUCGACGUACCGCUCGGAGUGGGCAAUCGCAUACCGCGCAAGGAUCUGCAGGUUCUCAUGGCGGAUGUGCCCGGCAAGGAUCCGGUUGCGGAUGGGAGUGGGCAUGAGCCGUAUGCGCUGCGUCCGAGCCAGAUCAAGUUGAGCGAGGCGCAGUCUUCGGCGGCAAUGAAGGGGUUGAUGGAGCAGGCCGGUCACGUCAACAUCUCCUUGCCACCGUCAAGGCGUGGCGGACAUGCGCGACGACCGUCAGCGCAGCUCAGAAGAGGAUCGCAGGUGUCAUCGAGCCUAUGGACCAGCUGCAGUCCUUCGUCCAUGGACGACUCUGGGGUGGCAGGCUCGCAUCGCCGGAAGUCGGACGCCAGCGGCUCGUAUUUCCCCGAAGGCGCGGAAGCAGUACGUGAGGACGCGGCCCGACUGAGGGAGGACGGUGUCGCGGUGUGGAAAGAUGGUGUGGCGCGUGAGGAUAGUGGUUUGACCGUGCGAGCAUAUGGCGAAACGUUCCCAGAUGCGGCGCAAGCCAAGGGCGACGCAGCAUACGCCAGCGGCGAGACAUCGCGGGCGAACGGCUCUGUCGCCCAAGAUGAUACACCGGCGAGCAGCUCGCUACGGUCGCGCCCUUCGCCUUCGCCGUCUGGUCUUCCCGUCCUGGUUGUCGAGGACGACGACGUGACAAGAAGCGUCAUGGUGCGAACGCUGCAGCGCCUCGGGUGCGACGUGACAACGGCCUACGACGGGAUGAACGCGCUGGAGGUGCUCGGCGUGCCCGUGCCAGUUGGCACACCAGGGUCAACCGGAACGCCGUGGUCCGAAAAGGGGCUGGAUGAGUUCGAGCGGAGGUUUACGGAGACCGGUGCGGCGGAUAGUAUCCAUGGGGAGCCGCGUGAGGCGGAAGAGGGCCCGUUCGCGCUGGUCUUGUUGGACAACCAGAUGCCGAGGUUGUUCGGGACGAAGGUGGCGAAGUACUUGCGGCGGGCGAGGAGGCGAGACUUCGUGGUGGGAUUGACUGGGAACGCGAUGGUGCAAGACCAAAAAGAAUUCAUCGAUGCAGGGGUCGACAGGGUGUACACCAAGCCAACGACGAAGGAUACGCUACUGGAGGUUCUUGCAGCUGCAAGAGAGAGGCGCAAGGCGCGUACAACCCCUAUCAACAUCCCUAUGCGACCACCUCCGGAGCUUCGCCCACCACCAGCAUCGUCAUCAUCGCGAUCCCAGUCCAGUUCGCGCUCGGACCUUCCCCCAUCACAAUAACCGCAUUGACCAUCCAACCAUCCAAUUGUCCGACCAGUCAUCGUCUCUUCUUGUUGCUGUCCGAUAUCUGGGACUUGUGUGCUUGUCUUACUUGCUGUGUACUACUAUUGCUCUGUCGGAAUACCUGGGGACUAAGUAUUCGCUAUUAAUUACGCCUCUUGGCAAGUCCAUGUCUUGCUCAUGUUCUACCAGUUGCGACCUGCGUGUCGCUCUGAUUGACGAGUCUAAUCUUACCAGAUGUACUGUUGCGAGUAUAUACUUCACCACCCCGCCUCUACGGUUAUUUAACGUGCGUCAGUAGAGAACAAUACUGUCUGCAUCGCGCGAUC